GUCAAUCACAGCAGAUUUUCAGAAGAGGCGUAAAUUUUUUGGAAAAGUAAUUUCGAUUGAAUUUAGAUUUUAAUCAUUCAAAAUGCUUGCUUUAAUCAAUCGCAUCUUAGAUUGGAUUAAAAGCUUGUUUUGGAAGGAGGAAAUGGAGCUUACACUGGUGGGCUUGCAGUAUUCGGGCAAAACAACUUUUGUUAACGUCAUUGCUUCAGGCCAGUUUAGUGAAGACAUGAUUCCAACAGUCGGUUUCAACAUGCGCAAAGUAACCAAAGGAAACGUAACAAUCAAGGUAUGGGAUAUUGGUGGCCAACCUAGAUUCCGUUCAAUGUGGGAGCGUUAUUGCAGAGGGGUCAAUGCUAUUGUGUACAUGGUCGACGCAGCCGACCCGGAUAAGAUCGAGGCGUCGCGUAACGAGCUUCACAGCCUGCUGGAGAAGCAGCAGCUCACCGGCAUCCCCGUGCUGGUGCUCGGCAACAAGCGCGAUCUGCCGCAAGCUCUCGACGAACACGGACUCAUUGAGAGAAUGAACCUGUCAGCGAUCCAGGACCGCGAGAUUUGCUGUUAUUCCAUAUCGUGCAAGGAGAAAGACAACAUCGACAUAACUCUCCAGUGGCUGAUCGCGCACAGUAAGUCUGGUAGCGCGCAUUGCGAAAUGAAUAGCCCAAAUCAAAAUACGAAUAAUACUGAAUCGUUGCUCCGAUCUAUCAUUAACAUUUUGGGAGCAAUAUUAUCAACCUCAUCACAACCGCAGCGUCCGCAAGAACAACCAACGCGAGAAGAGAAAACGGGCUUCAAUAGUAACAGCAGGGCUCCAGAGUCGAAAUGCAAAGAAGGGAUUAGCGACAAAGUACCUUACAAUCCAAAAAUUACUAAUUUAGAGUCUCUGCUAGCAGACAUAUCAGUGAGAUAUAUACAACUCAAGGAAAGUGAUUUUGAACUACAUUACAAAGUGCUAGAUACAAUAUUCCAAAAUCUUCACAAGAAAAUGAAAGAAAUUGAUCCAUACUACAACAGAUAUUCGAGCACGGUACAUCAUGCCGGGAGUCACUACGACAAUGUGCGUAUAAACAAACCUGAUGAAUUCGACAUGGUUAUCGAAAUAGGUGUGCCUCUUUGCUUCCACGAGAAAACAAAUAAUCCAAACGAGAGCGAUAUAAAAUUUGAACCCAGACAUGCCGGCUAUGUUCAACUGAAAAUGGGCCCUCAGUUCCAAAACCUACCGAUGAGGGACGGAGUCGAUUGGCAGAUCAACAAAACCGCUUAUCUGUGGAAAGACGAAUCCAAUUUUUUGUUAUCCACCAAAUUUUUGGAUUGGUUUAAAAGCGUAGUUAAAAGGGCCCUCAACAAGUUCGAUAAUGAAAACGGCCAGUCUGUAUACAACGUGGGAGGCGUUAAGUACGUCAUAGCCCAUUCUCAGUCCGGUCCUGCGGAGACGCUAAUCAUUACGAAUAAAUCGAAAGGAUUUAGCUUAAGCGUGGACUUGGUGCCGGCGCUGAAGUUUCCGGAAAAUCGAUGGCCGAUCACGAAGCAGUACCGACAAAUACCCCCGAAUUGCCGCAAAGGUACCUGGCAGCUUGUCGGCAAACCGAAUAAGGAGGCCGCCAACAAAACCGACGAAGUCCGGUCGUGGCGUAUAUCCAUGCAGAACCAGGAGAGGCUCUUGAUGCACAAGACCAAUAAUCUGCGACCAGCCUUGCGACUGAUGAAGAAGUUGAGAGACGCGCAAGGCAUGAACGCGAUCGCCAGUUACUUCAUCAAAACAUUGUUUCUGUUUGAAAUAGUCAAAGUUGACGACAUCACGUUUUGGAGCAAGAACAGUCCUUCGAAACUGUUCAAGUUGAUGGUGUCUCGCCUGCACGAGGUCCUCGUUAGCGGGAAACUCCCUUAUUUCUGGAACCGAGAGCACAAUCUCCUUUGGAACGUCAGACGCAAUGUACUCAACAGUUACGCGGCGAAGUUGAAGCCCUUAAUCGCGAUCCUGCAGCAGCCGGAUGACUAUCUUCUGGUAGCGGGCUAUCUCUUAACGAAUUCGGAGCUAAAGGAAUAUAAGGAGAAGAUUCUCUCACGACUUUGAGAGUGAUCGUGCUUUAGGAGGAGACGAGAGACUAUGAGACUUAUGUUUUUUUUAUUUUUUAUUGCGUAGAUGGGUGGACAAGCUCACAGCCCACCUGGCGUUAAG